UUGAUACCCCGCCCGGCCUUCAUGGAGUAACAGGCUGUGGGGAAGCGGCCGGCGGAGCCAGGGGCAGGCCCGGGCGCGGGGUCCUGCCGAGCCCAGGACGUGGCAGCGGAAGGAGGAAGCGCCGGCCGCGAGCGCCGCCACCCCCGGGGAUGAGGCGCUAUGGCGGGGGGCUGGGCCGGCUUCUCCGAGCAGGAGCUGCGGAGGCUGCGGGGGCCGCACGCAGGUACCGGCCGGGAUACAUCUGAAUCUUCUGAUCAGCAGCGUCGACCCCUGUCUGUAAAUAAGAGCCGUCAGCAGUUGCUACGAGAAAAAGCUCUUCAGCAACAAUGUCAGAAACUGGGACGGCAGGAUGGAGCAGCCUCUGUACUUCCAGAACAGCUGCUUUCUGUACCAAAACACAAGCCCUGUCUUCCUCAGCAGCCUCUGCCGCCGCCACCUCCAUCCCCAAUCAAGGAUCAAAGGCAACAUGACACCAGAGCUCAACAGAAUGCACAGGGACUUGAAAAUCGUUGUAAUGGCAAUGAAAAACCCCAGGAACUCCCUGUAAAGAUGGAUUUCAAACUGGAGAAAAAGAGAGUGGAAUUGCAGGAGAAAUCUCGUUGGGAAGUUCUCCAGCAGGAGCAGCGGCUGAUGGAAGAGAAGAAUAAACGCAAGAAGGCACUCCUGGCCAAAGCCAUUGCUGAAAGAUCCAAAAGAACUCAGGCUGAAACAGUGAAACUAAAGCGAAUCCAAAAAGAGCUACAGGCUCUGGAUGACAUGGUGUCUGCUGACAUUGGGAUCUUAAGGAACCGAAUCGAUCAGGCCAGCAUGGACUAUUCAUUUGCUCGGAAGCGAUAUGAUAAGGCAGAGUCAGAGUAUGUAUCAGCAAAGCUAGAUUUCCAACGGAAGACUGAGAUCAAGGAGCAUCUCACAGAGCAUCUAUGCACUAUAAUACAGCAGAAUGAACUCCGUAAGGCCAAGAAGCUGGAAGAGUUAAUGAAGCAGCUGGAAGUGGAGGCAGAUGAAGAAAAUCUGGAACUUGAGAUUGAGGUGGAGCAGAUGCUGCAGCAGCAGGAGGCAGAAGGAGGGAGACAGGCUGCCCAGUCUCAGAAUCUGUCUCAGACUGCUGAGGAAAAUGCAGCUUCAUGUGCUACAGUGAAGGAGAAUGAGCAUGCUGGUGCUGCUUCUGAACAGUUAGUGGAGCAGCCUGGAAAUUCCUGUAGCAAGUCGCUUUCAAAUAUGGGUAGCCAAAAUCAAUCAGUAAACACUACUUGGGAUGAAACCCCCGCUCACUCUGAUACAUUACUAUUGUAUGCAGAUAAGGUAGCGUCUGAUGGAUGAUAUACUUGAUUUACUGCGUGCUAUAGGUUACCCCAAGGCUUCUGCAGUGUCAGUAACACAUCCCUCUUACGUUAUCUCUAUUUUUAAUUUGAUUUAAAAUAAUCUAUUUUUAGUUACCUGUCAGAAUCUUCCAUUCUGGGUCACCUGUCUGUCCUGUUUUGUAUUUUUAGGUCCAUUCAUCCCCGGAUUUGCUCACUAUUUAUGGAGCUUUGUGAGACUGGGGCUUGCUAGGAGGGAGUACUAAGUAGUGGGCAGCAAUGUUUGUCUGUAGGCUGGGCUUGUGUGAGAGUGAAGAUUCCCAGCUAACCAUUGCAGACAUCAAACCAAGAAAGGGAGAUGUUUGUUUUCUUGAGAAGGUGUCAUAAAAGAUUAGGUUUUAUUACAGAGAUGUUCUUUUCCUCAUGUACGGUGAUAGGACAUUUCCAAUGUGUCCACAAAUUUCCUUUGCAAAUUUCUUUUAAUCGUGUAAAACCCGGCUAGGUUUCAGAGACAUCCUUGGAUAUGGUAGCUGAUACUUUAUUCUGUAGAGAACUAUAAACAAAUUUAGAUUUGUAUAUUGCUAUAAAGGCCAGGU